AUGGCUAUUCUACGCGUGUGUACUGAAAUAUCGAGCGCCGCAGCAUUAGAGAUGGGAUGUAUUGUGCUAGCUUUUGCAGCAGUGUAUGUUUAUCUUCAACGACGUGUGCAUCGUCUACACAAUCCACACGGGCUCCCCUAUCCGCCUGGACCCAAGCCUGCACCAAUUAUCGGAAACCUCUUCGAUAUUCCGCUAGAGAAAGAAUCUUUUGUUUACAAUAAGAUGGCAAAUAAAUAUGGCGACCUAACAUAUCUCAAUGUUUUGGGUAAAUCAAUACUUGUUGUUAAUAACUACUCCACCGUAAAAGAAUUGUUCGAGAAACGCUCUGUCAACUAUUCCGACCGCUACCAAGCACCAAUGAUGAAUGAUUUGAUAGGAUGGGACUGGAGUUUUGGACAGAUGUCAUACGGUCCUCGUUGGAAGAUGCAUCGCACGAUGUUCCACCGACAAUUCCAUUCGUCCGUCGUAUCCAAUUUCUGGCCAAUUCAGUUGAAAGAGGCGCACAAACUCAUUCGUCGAAUACUACACGAGCCGGAAGCUCUGCUUGAACACCUUAAAUUAUCACCCCCUAUCAGCAACUCGGCAAGCACAAUCAUGAACGUUGCAUACGGUAUCGAAAUAGAGGAUGAAGAUGACCGCUAUGUCACAGUAGCUGAAACAGCAUUAGACGGGAUGGCAAAGGCAGCUAACCCAGGAGCGUUUCUAGUUGAUAUAUUCCCCAUUCUCAAAUAUGUCCCAAUCUGGAUGCCUGGCGCAGGAUUCAAGCGCAAGGCGGCGCUUUGGCGCGAGGCUGUUCUCCAAAUGCGAGAUGCUCCUUUCAAAGUGGUGACGAAAGCCAUGAAAGAGGGAACUGCAUCGCCAAGCUUCGCCUCGAACCUUCUCGCUGAUGUUGAGCUCCGUAAAGACCUCAGCGAGCUUGCUAUCGCCAACGAGAUGCAGACAAUUAGAAAUUGCGCAGGCUUGGCUUAUGCAGCCGGGACCGAAAGUAUUGUAUCAGCUUUAUCGUCGUUUAUGCUUGCUUUGGUUAUCUACCCCGAAGUUCAAGAUAAAGCUCAACAGGAACUUGAUGCAGUAGUAGGGUCAGGAAGGCUGCCAGAUUUUAGUGAUCGAGGGUCAUUGCCAUAUAUUGAUGCUAUUGUCAAGGAAGUACUUCGGUGGAGUCCAGUGGCACCCCUAGGUCUCCCACAUAUGACCACAAAGGCCGAUGAAUUCAGAGGUUAUCAUAUCCCGGCUGGCACACUCGUAGUUGGGAAUAGCUGGUAA